CACCUCACUCUGCACCAGCCACGCCCACUCAUCAGACUCACACUCCUGUCACUCAUUCUCUCUCCCCUGCCUACUGAAGCCUUACACCUGCAGCUGAUCAAUCAGCUGAUCAGCUGCACUAUAUCAGGCCUCCCUCCACACACACACUUUGUCUGGCCUCGUCAAUGCUGUAUGAAGGACCCAGCCAAAGACUCGCGCCCUCGCCUGCUCUUCAGUAUUUGUUGGAUUCAUCCUCCUUCUGUGUACCGUGACCGAAGGCCAGACUAGGUAAUGCAGCCUCCAAAUGCAGACCCCUUCCGGGAGCUUGUGAAUGAGUUUCGCCAGGCCCUCACAGCUGCACUAGCCCACCCUGCUCCUCCACCAGCAGUCCCCUCCAGCCCAGUAGUCAACCCCACGCCCUAUUCUGGUGCACCCGAGGGAUGUAAGGGCUUCCUCCUGCAAUGCUCCCUGGCCCUGGAGAUGCAAGCACACCGGUUUCCAACAGGGCGAUCUCGAAUUGCCUACAUCAUCUCUUUGCUCUCUGGGCGUGCCUUGCAAUGGGCAGAAAGUGUAUGGAGCCUCGAUGGCCCUGCGACGACUUUGUGGAGCGUUUCGCGGAAGUGUUUGCCAGAGGGUGAUUCAUCGGCCCAGGCCCAGUUGAAUGCUUUGAGGCAAGGAAAACGAUCAGUCACCGGUGCGCCUCCAGCUCCCGAAGACCCGCUGUGCGACCCCCUUCAACAUCCACUCCAUAAACCUGGUGAUGCUGCUGAUCCCCCAGUACCGCUUCUGCUGGACGAGGGUUCGGUCUAUGCCAUCAACGAGAUCCUUGACUCUCGCCGUCGCAGGGGCCGUCUGGAAUACCUAGUCGACUGGGAGGGUUACGGCCCAAAGGGUCACUCCUGGGUCAGCCGUGAUUACAUCUUGGAUCCCACGAUGCUCGCUGAGUUCCAUCAAACCCACCCCAGUCGACCAGCCCCUCGCCGUCGAGGCCGUCCAUGUCGCCGGGCACCCUCGUCCUCAGAAGCGCCCCCUGGAGAGGGGGGUACUGUCACAGCUUUGCCAGGUUCUUCAGCAGCACCUCACUCUGCACCAGCCACUUCCCCAGCCACGCCCACUCAUCAGACUCACACUCCUGUCACUCAUUCUCUCUCCCCUGCCUACUGAAGCCUUACACCUGCAGCUGAUCAAUCAAUGCUGUAUGAAGGACCCAGCCAAAGACUCGCUCGCUCGCCUGCUCUUCAGUAUUCGUUGGAUUCAGUUAAGUUAUGGACUUAUGAACUUUGUUGGACGUUGCCCUCUAUCUUUAGUUGCCUUAGUCUGAUCUCUUGUGUGUUUGCUUUGGUUUGAAUUCUGGACCUGCAAGUACUUUUCUGUUUACCAUUCAAUAAAUCUCCAUCACCA